GUCUGCAACCGGUCUUACGCUACGAUAGUCGAUAGUUGAGAGUCCGAGGUUCUAAACGCAUAUAUUUGGUGUAUGUCCGUCGUGAAUUUAAUAAUUUUUACAAUUUAUACAUUUGUUUUUUCUAUUAAUACCUAUACUUCAUUAUAUUUUAUAUAAUAUUCUAUCAUUUGAUUGUAGUUAAGUAAAGUUUUAAUUAUGACGUCUUACAAAUUAACUUACUUCAACUUCACUGGACUGGGCGAACCCAUUAGAUUCCUGCUGUCUUAUUUGGAUAUCGAUUUUGAAGAUAACCGUAUUGAAAUUGUACAAUGGCCAUCAGUCAAACACACAAUGCCAUAUGGUACACUACCUUUGUUGGAAAUCGACGGUAAAGUAUUAAAUCAAUCUUCAGCCAUCUGUCGUUAUUUAGCUAAAAAGGCUAAUUUAGCUGGUAGCGAUGAUUGGGAAUCUUUACUGAUAGAUAUUGCCGUUGACAAUUAUAAAGAUUUUGCUCUAUGUUUGAAAUCUUAUUGGUUUGAACCAAAUGAAGAAACUAAAGCUGCAAAGCAUAUUAUAUUGGUCAACGAAACUAUUCCAUUUUAUAUGGAAAAGUUUGAAAAAAUUGUCGGUGAAAAUAAUGGAUACUUCGUAAACGGAAAGUUAUCUUGGGCUGAUUUAUUCUUUGUAGCUGUUUUGGACCACUUAAUAUACAGAUUAAAUAUUGACUUGUUGAAAGAUCGUCCAAACUUACAAGCUCUCCAAGAAAAGGUAUUGGCAGUACCCAAAAUUAAAUCAUGGAUUGAAAGACGACCAGUAUCGUUUGACAUUGCAUAAUUCCAUCGUAUUUAUUGGAUACAAUUAAUUAAACCAUCAUAUCAUACCCAAGAUAAAAUUAUUUUUAAGUAUUAUAUAUUUCAAAUUUUAAUACAAUAUUUGGUAAAAUUUAAAUUAAAAAAAAAAGUUACAGUAACGUAAUACAUACGAUUACCUAUUAACAUAUUAUGAAAAUUGUAUAAAUAAUUUUGUGAAUUUUUAACAGGAUAAUAAAGUAAAAAAAUACACUU